AUGAUUGCUUCAGAUUGUGUACUUAUGAACUAUAAUCCUGAGUUACCAGUGCUGUUGGCAUGUGAUUCAAGUUCAUAUGGGAUCGGAGCAGUUUUAAGCCACAAGUUGCCAGACGGUUCUGAUAGACCUAUAGCUUUCGCGUCUAGAAGCUUAAACAGUGCAGAAAAGAACUAUAGCCAAAUUGAUAAAGAGGCACUAGCAUUGGUUUGGGGUGUAAAAAAGUUCAAUGUUUACCUAUACGGGCGAAAAUUCACAUUGGUUACUGACCACCGACCUUUGACAUCGAUUUUUAACCCGUGUAAGGCAGUGAGUAGCACUAUGGCUAGUAGAUUACAGAGAUACGCUAUAUUUUUAGCCGGGUACCAAUAUGACAUACAAUUCAAAGGAACAAAAGCACACGGAAAUUGUGACGCAUUGUCAAGGUUACCAUUAAGUGGAAGGGUGUCCGAAAACUCUGAUCCAACGGACGUAUAUUUACACAGUGUAAUGGAUACACUUCCUGUUACAGCUAUACAGAUAGCCAAUGCUACACGUAGGGACAAAAUCCUAUCACAAGUGUAUGAUAUGGUGCAACAUGGGUGGAGUAGAUAUAAACCUGAUUCUGUUUCGCCUGAAAUUGAUCCAUAUUGGAACAGACGAAAUGAAUUGUCUCUACAUCAGGGAUGUUUAAUGUGGGGCUGUAGAGUAGUGGUACCGGAGGCCCUACAACAGAAUGUUCUUGAAGAAGUUCACUCCGGACAUCUUGGUCUAGUAAAAAUGAAAUCUAUCGCUCGCAGCUAUAUUUGGUGGCCAAACAUAGAUCAGGACUUGGCUACCCUAGUUAAGUCAUGUAACGGUUGUAUGCGGAACAAAUCAAGUGCACCGGAAGCUCCUAUUCAUCCGUGGGAAUUUCCAACAAGACCCUGGAGUCGCGUACAUGUGGACUUUGCCGGUCCUUUUCUCGGACACAUGUUUUUUGUUGCCGUGGAUGCUUAUUCUAAGUGGCCUGUUGUGAAAAUUAUGAAUUCGACUACAGCUACUCAUACAAUUGAAGUCCUCCGUGCUAUUUUCGCAGAUUGUGGAAUUUGUGACCAAAUUGUCUGUGACAAUGGACCUCAGUUUGUAAGCGAAGAGUUCCGUACAUUUUUACAGAAGAAUGGUGUCAAAGUUACGUAUAGUGCACCGUACCAUCCGAAGACAAACGGCUUGGCCGAGCGGUUUGUACAGACAAUGAAACAGGCAUUGAAAGCCGCGAAACAUGAUCAAGGCACAGUUCAAACCAAACUCUCAAGAUUCUUAUUGGCUUACAGGAAUGCAGAACACCAAACUACUAAAGUCAGUCCAGCCAGUCUAUUCUAUGGACGUAACUUACCAACUAGACUGGAGAAACUUAAACCUAGUUUGCGAAAGAGAGUAGAAGAUCAGCAAUCCAAAAUGCAUCACAGUACUACAGACCGUAAUUUCGAUAUUGGUGAUUGUGUUACGAUCAGAGAUUAUCGUAGUGGUCGAGAUACUUGGAUUCCAGGCAAAAUAAACAUGAAAACUGGUCCUGUUUCGUAUCGUGUAGAGAUUGCGCCGGGUGUCAGCUGGCGUCGGCAUGCAGAUCAGAUUCGAAGGUCAGAACUUGUACCUGAACCAGAUCGUGUGGUACAAGACUCUAGUUACUUACCAUUGUCAGAUAGUGUAAAUAGUCGUUCAUCAGCUAGUAAGUCAACAACUAGUCAGUCAACAACUAGUCAGUCAACAGCUAGUCAGUCAUCAACAAGUCCUGCGAAAGUUGAGCAAACAACUGGAAACCAGCAGCAACCCCCUGAAAAUACUGUACCUACAGAAAAACGUUACCCAACAAGAAUUCGCAAGAAAGUUGAAAAGUUAAAUUUGUGA